UACGCCGAGAGACGAGAACGCCCCCGAAUAUUAGUGCUCGGUGGAUCCCACGUAUGAGAAUGAUCGCACAUGAUUGGAGAAAAAUAACUUUACCAGCCACCUCUUCCAACCUCCACACUUCAAAUCUUUUCAUCACAAGAUUUUAUGCUCUGUCAGUCGAUUUUGAGCUUGAGUAGGAACGGACCCAUCAUCUCCAUAUUGAGUAUCGUUGACUUUGUUUUGCUUGAGUGGCCUUAAUGAGAAUCCCAUGUCACAUUCCUGGAAAGUGAAACAUUCAUAACUUGACCCAAAACUGCGGCAAUUGGAUGAUCAGCGAGGCAUUCUUUUACCCACCCUCAAUUUCAUUUCGUGGAAGAAUUGUUGAACGAAUUCAAUCAAGACGACCGCUGAACUCGAAAACUUGGGGGAGCGUUAUCAUCUCUGUUACUCAUAGUAGAACGGUUGGAGUUCCCCUUCUUCCUUGAUCCUUGAUCGAAGCUUGAAGUGCAUACCACCGUUGGAGUUAAGUCUUGAACACACCAGUAGUGCUUGGCUGCAUCCACUCCUCACGCACAUAUACAUACACACACACACAUACAUACACACUCACACACGCACUCACACAUCACUUAUUCACACUCGCCCUCCACUCGGAAUGACGAAUCUUCCGGACGACCAAAUGGAUAGCCUGUUGCGUCAAGCUCGCAGAAUCAGUUCAGACGUCGGUGGAGAAAGAUCAGUGUCUCCAGGCAGUAACAUGUUGCACAGAAAUGAUACAGCCGGAUCCCUGGGAGGGGGUGUGCUUCCCCACCCAAGGAGACAAUCCACCCAACAAGAAUUAAUGGGAGAUAACCUCGCCCGACGUCUUUCUGAGGCUGGGGUCAAUCGAAGGCCCUCUGCUGCUCAAAUCCUAACAGAGGACACCGAUUCGUUCAUCGUCGGUGUCCGAGUGUAUGUGGAUGGAGUGAAGCCUGGACGUAUUCAGUACAUUGGCGAGACCAAGUUCGGUCCGGGAGACUGGGCCGGAGUGGUUUUGGAUGAGCCGAUUGGCAAGAAUGACGGAUCUGUCGGGAAAACCCGAUAUUUCCAAUGUGAGCCUUACUAUGGAGUGUUUUCUCGUUUGUUCCGACUCACCCGUGGGCCCAUUGAAGGGGCUGAGGAUGUACUAGCCCAGGUCAGGAAAUAUGGCUAUGAAAUUGUGGACGCUCCAGUUGGAAUGCGACGAGGAAGUGUGGGCAGUGGGGGAGGAUCCCGAAGGGGUUCCACAUCAGAGAGAAGAGGCAGUGUGGAAAGAAGUUCUAUUAGUCCUCGUGCUGUCACGCCUGAAAUGCGGAGAUCCAGUGUGAACCGAAAUAGCCCUGAUCCCAUGGUGCGGAGGGGAAGUGCUGCGGUCGAGCCCCGCAGAACCAGCUUGAGUGUUCCCGAGAGACGAGGAAGCAUGGGCCAAAGUCCUUUGGGUCGCCGAACACCAGGUCGAUCCCCGUUGGCUUCCCCACGCACGUCAAGAUCCUACAUCACGGGAGGUGACGUGAGAAUUGAAAAAGACCCUGAAAUGACCAAACUUGCUCAAGAAGCACGGAGACUGAGCAUGGAAGGAGGGUCUUCUUCAAGAAGGCCUUCCGGCUCCAUCGAUCAAUUGGGAAAUAGAACCUUCUCCGCCCGACCAACGUCGACCCUUAACAAGAACGGAAACGGAAUACGGCGACCUUCAGAAGGAUUUGGAACAGGUACGCGUAGUCCACGUUUGGGCGAUAGGCGGCCCUCUGAAAAUACCAAUGGAUACAACGCAAACUAUCGCCGGUCGUCAGAGUCUCCUGUCAACAAUAACUAUCGUCGACCCUCCGAAGGGAUUAGCAAUCUCAGACGCGGUAGCAACACCACAGUGCAAAAAGAAGAGGUUGGACGCCGACCUUCUUCCGAUGUGGACACCCACGAGGUCGAGCGUCGACGACUUAGCGAAGCUGGCCUUCGAAGACCUUCAGUGUCCGAUCGAGUACUAAAUGAAGACACUUCCAACUUGAUGGUUGGCCAGCAAGUCUGGGUUGGUGGAACCAAAGCGGGCAAGAUUGCAUUUUUGGGCGAGACCAAAUUUGCCCCUGGUGAAUGGGCGGGUGUAUUUCUGGACGAUCCCGUUGGCAAAAACGAUGGCUCUGUGGCAGGCGUGUCCUAUUUCAAGUGCGAGGCCAUGCAUGGCGUCUUCUCCAGAGCUUCCAAGCUUAGCCGUCAACCGCUGGCCAGUGGACCGCCCUCUUGUCUGACCACGCCUCGAAAGGUUUCGAAAGUGGGACGAGCUUCAAUUUCUCCGUCCGAGAGUCAAGCCAAUCUCAAAUCCGAAACGCCUUCACCUACCGGUUCAACCAUCAGUUUAGCCUCAAUGGGACCCCUGAAAGUUGGAGAUCGAGUCAUUGUGAGCAAUGCCAUCACUGGGACCAAAGCGGGAACUCUCCGGUACAUUGGACCCACGGAUUUUGCAGCCGGAGAGUUUGGUGGCGUUGAGCUGGACUCGGCCAUUGGCAAAAAUGAUGGCAUGGUGGGAGAUAAACGCUACUUUCAAUGUCAACCCAACUUUGGGAUAUUUGCCCCAAUGCACAAGAUCAGCAAGUCCCCGAAGAAUCGAAUGCAAAGGCAGCCUUCCAAUUUGACGCCGCGGAAAUUGAACCGGGAGCGCUCGGACUUGUCAGACAUUUCCAUGGCCAGUGUGGUUUCAACCGUUUCCAAGGCUCAAGGGCCCGUGAAGAAAAAGUCCAUAGCCUCUAUUUUAGCCCCCGAAAGACUUAAGAUGUCCUUGAAGGAGAAGGAGGACAAGAUUGACAAUCUGCUGAAAGAGCGGGAUUUGGAACGAGCUCAGAUUGCGAAGGCGGCCAGUCAAACCGAUGAAGCGGAAGAGAAUCUCUCGAGGCUUCGGGAAGAGUAUGAAAACUAUAAGUUCGAGCAAGAUGAGCGGGCUGCGGCUUACCAAUCUGCCGUGGAGCAAUACGAAGAGAAGAUCCGGAGGUUGAAGAACAAACUUGAGGAUGAGAAGAAGAAGAGUGAGGACAUCGAGUUCAAGUUGGAGGAGGAGACUGUUAUGCGAACCGAGACCGAAGCUGGAAAUUCGGCUGAACUUAUUGAGAAGAUUCGGAGCUUGGAAGAACAACUUGCUGCCGAGUUUAAUGCCAAGGCUGAAUGGAGCGGAGGCAAGGCUGAAUUCGAGACCAAAAUCAAAGAUCUUCAAGAUCGUCUUGGAUCCGAGCAAAAGAAUCGCGUGGACGUCCAAAUUGACAUCGAGAGUCUCAAGGAAGAGCUUGAAGCAGAGAAGAAAAAAGUUGACGCCAAGGCUAAAGAGGUUGAAUUGUUCAGGGUCAAACUUGUGACCUCGGAAGAGAAACUAAAGGAGACCCGAGUGAGUUUGGAUGUCUUCAAAGAGGAGUCUGGGAAUAAGGUGUUUGAAACCGAAGAGCAAGUGAUGCUUCUGAAGGACGAGAUCGAAGGGUUAAAAACUGACUUGGAAGAGGCUCAAAGCAACGUGGAAUUCGAACGAAAGAAUCAUGCCACCUUGCAAGAGAGUCUGAAAUCCCAAAGUACCACAACCAUAGCCCAAGUUAAUGAACUUGAGAAGAACCUCGCGGAGAAAGAUAAUGAACUCAUUGAGCUCAAACACAAGUUUGCCUCCUUGGAAAGUGGAAACAAGACGCUUCUAACAACUCUAGAUGACAAAGCAAAAGACAUCAAAGAGAGAACCCUGGAGAACCAAACCCUGAAGGAGCACGUUUCCAAAGCUGAACAAGAAGGGGCCUCAAUUCGGCAGGAGUUGAAGGCUGCCAACCUUCAACUGGAAGACGCCAACAAUAUGGUCAAAAUCAAGGAGAGCAAUCUCAAGGAAAUUCAAGCCUCAAAGGUUGAGACAGAGAAACAAUUGGCCAAUCGCUCCAAGGAAAUUGACGCGCUCAAAGCUCAGUUGGACAAGUCGGGAUCUGACACUCAAAUUGAACUCCAGAAGAAAUCGGAACAAGUCAUUGAACUGGAAUCGAAACUAGCGGAGAUAAUGAAAACCGUAAAAGUCCUGGAACAAGAUUCUGCCAAAAUAAGUAUCGUUGAAGGUGAGAUGAGGAGUGUUCAGAAGGAACUAGAAGAGGCCAAUCUGGCCAAGGCAGGCCUUGAAAAAGAGUUGAUGGUUUGGAAAGACUCGUCCCAAACGAACACGGAUGAAGUCAAGCGAUUGAGUGGAACAGUCAAUUCUAAGGAUCUUGAAUUGGAAACGCUUCGUGGAGAUCUCGCCGCCAUGACUGGCCAGCUCAAGGACUUGAAAGUAGCUAUUGAUCAGACGGAGGCUGAAAAUGCCGAGAAAUUGGAUGUUGCCCAAAGGGAAUCCAAGAAGGCGAUCCAUGAGUUGGAAGAGAAGUUGAGAAAAACCGAGGCUGCCAAAGAGAAGGUCGAGAAAUCAAAAGAGGAGGUCAUUAAAGAUUUGAAUUCCAAGAUCAGAACAACAACCACCGAGCAUGAUCAACUCGCCAAGAAUCUGCGGGAAGACAUCGCCAAGCGUGUUAUUGAGAUUGAGAGUUGGCAAUCCAAGUAUUCGGCUUUACAAGAAAGCCUGUCGUCUUCCACCAAUGAAUCUUCCAAAACUUUGAAUGAAUUAAAGCAGAAAGUUGCGGAUUUGGAAACGAACCUUAACGUGAAAAAUCGCGAGAACACCGCUCUACAGGAUGAAUUGCUCAAGUUAACGGAGACAGCCAAGCAAUUGGAAGCAACGAAACAGGAACUUGACAUUGCGACCAAAGGAAAAAUCGCCGCGGAAGCCUUGAAUAAGGACUUCGCUCAGAAACUGACCACGUCUCAAGGAAAAUUGAGUGAGCUUGCUCGAGAGAAGAUCCAUUUAGAGAAAUCCAUCCAGGAUAUGCAAAACACAUCUCUGGAUUCGAAUGUUCAGAUCACUUCCUUGAACGAUGAGAUUAAUGCCAAGAAGGCGGAACUGGACCAAAUCAAGCAUGUCCAAGAAGAAGAAAAAGAGACAUAUCGAAAGAGUUUAGAUGAAAAAGCGAAAGAAGUGACGGCGAAAGAAAUUGAACUCCAGAAAGUUCUGGAGUCCAAGGCAUCUGUUGAAGAAGAGUUCAAGAAAGAAAUUAAGAAAUUGCAAGAAGACAUAGAGGGCACAAAAGCGGCAAAAGCGAAAAUGGCAAGCGAAGCGGAAGAAGCCAGAGCAAAAGCCACGGAGGCUGAAGAAGAGGCGAAGAUCAAGAUCAGCGAAAUCACGCACAGAUUGGAAGCCCUUGGAAAUGACUUCAAAGUGAAAGAAAAUGCACUGCAAAGCGCGGAAAGUGAAUUGAAGGAAGAGAAAGUCAAACGGAUGGAGCUUGAGCAAGCCUUAGAGAAAUCUAAGCGAAGCCAUGAAGAUGAACUUGAAGAACUGGUCGAUGCCAUCAAUGAUCUGAAGAUGAAAGAGGAGGAAUUAGAGGCCACAAAAGAAGAGCUAGAAUUGAAGUCCAUUGAGCUGGAGAAAGUCAACAAGGAGCAUGCUAAAGCUAGGGAUCAAUUCCAGACCGAGCUCAAGUUUGUUCAAGAACAAGCUCAAAAAGAAUUAGACGUUUUGACCAAGCAACAGGAGGAGACCAAAGGACAGAUCACUUACCUCAAAGAAUCCAUGGGUGGAAGCAAAGUAGAGUAUGACCUUCAAGUAGACAAGCUAGCCAAGCAAUUGGACACCCUAAAGACGAAGCAUGAGGAAGAAAUCUAUAAGAAAGAUGACCUUCUGAAGAAAAUGAGAGAAGAUAUUGCCAAUAAGGAAGAGGAACUCGAUUUUGUCAAGGAAGAGCUACAGGCCAAAACUGAGGAACUCAUGGAUAUCAACACCGACUUGGAGGUCAAAGAGGCGGGCUUCAACAACAGUUUCAAAGAAACCGAAGAACAACACAAGGACGAGGUCGAAGUUUUGGUUUCGAAAGUGGAGGAAGCCAAGCAAGAAAUCUCGGAAUUGUCGGAAACUUUGGCCAAAACAAUUGCUGAUCAUGAUGCCAAGUUGGAUGAUAUGAAGAUUGGACGGAAAACCGAGGUCAACACUCUGCAAGACCAAAUAUCAGAACGGGAUCGGGCGAUUCUGGACCUCAAAGCCACGCUAGAGGGGAUGCAAACCCAAGUCGCAAGUCUCACAUCCUCUCAAGUGGAUGAGGCAAAGAUUCAUGAGGCCAAACUUGGCAGACUGAAUGUUGAGAAUGAAGAACUCCGGUUGAAGAAACGAGAUCUGGAGAGCACUCUUAAGACCCUUCAAGCCGAUUUCGAUCAAAUGAAUCAUCUAAAGGAGGACCUCACCAUCAAGGUUGUUGAGAAGGAAAAGCAGGUCAAAGAAUUUACAUCCCAAGUUCAGACCAUGAGAGUGACUUAUGAGAAGACACAGAAAGAGCUGAGUGAGAGGGUGGAAAAAUCCUCUCAGGACGGCCAAGCCCUCAAGGAAGUUGAAAUGGCACUUCAUGAGGAAAGGCUCCGGGUAGACGAGCUCCAAAUUGCCCUGGCCGAGGCCGAAUCGGAGCGAGAUUGUGCCAGGUCAAAGUCCAAGGAUUUACAGAAGAUCUCUCAACACAACAAUCGUUUGGAAGAACAGAAUGAAGCCCUCAAGAGAGAUGUUGCGGACCUCAAGCAGAAACUAGCCUUCUCCGAACAAGAGUCACAAUCCGAAAGAGCUGAGCUCAAUGAAGUGGUUCAACAAAGUAAGGACCUACUCAGAGAGAAACUCGAGGAAUUCAAGAUCCAGAAGCAGCAAUAUGAGACCCUGAAGCUCGAGAAUCAACAACUCAAUUCAUAUCGGCGAGAUCUGAUGAUCGUGGAACAAGAAAAGCGGGACCUAGAGUCCCAAUUGGUGACCCUCACCUAUGAAGCCCGAUCUGGGCGGAGAUCUCCUUCACCGGCCAAGAGCUUCACGUCCGAUAUGCCUGAAGGCGAGCUCAAAGGCCAAGUGGACUUUCUCAACUCGGUCAUUGUGGAUAUGCAGAGGAAGAAUGACGAGCUCAAGACCAAAUUGGAACUGUUUGAGUCAGCUGGGAUCAUUGAUGCCGAGGCCGAGGCAGCUUUCAUGUUCAAUGGCGUGAGCUCAAGGCAAGUGGCACCGAGGUUGUUUUGUGAUAUCUGUGAUGAGUUUGAUAUCCACGACACAGAGGAUUGCCCAACCCAGGCCAUGGACAUUCCGGACGAGGUGGUCCACACCAAAUCCGGUGGGGUGCGAGGGCAAAUCCGGGAAUAUUGUGACAUUUGUGAAGUGUUUGGCCAUUCCACGGAGAAUUGUAGUGAGACUGAGACGUACUAAAUAAGCAUCUCGAGAGCGUUCCUCCCAAAUGUGGUUUUGUUGACCAAAACCGUGUUACAAUCAUGGAAGCCAUUUUCCACUCUAACCAUGCAGUAUACGAGUACCCGUGGGCCACCUGAAAAUAACUUUAAUACUUCCAGCAUGUUGUGAAUGUUGCAAUAUUAAUAUAUUUUACACAUUUCGAA